AUGAUGGGCAAGUCGAUGAUGUUUUGUCCGGAAUGCAACAACAUGUUGUAUCCGAAGGAGGACAAGGAGAAGCGCCAGCUACAGUUCCUCUGUCGCCAGUGCGACUACUCGAGGUACCCUAAGAAAACCGACAUCGCGCAGCACAUUGUAGAUCGCACCAACUUCAAUUAUAAAUCCAAGGAGGACAUCGUGAUCUCCUCGGAGCUGUCGAAAGAUCCGACGUUGGGCCGCGUGUUUGACUGGCAGUGUCGCCGCUGCAAAGGCGUCGGCGGCGUGUUUUACCAGCUGCCUGAGCGCGUCGCGGAGGACGCCAUGACGCUGGUCUACGUGUGCACGCGGGUCGACUGCGGCGCGUGGGAAAUCCAGCAGCCCGACGUGCAGGGCGCCGGCGCCAGCGAGGACUCCCGCGAGCCCAACGAGGGUGGCAGUCCCCUCCGGGCCAGUCCCCAGCGCGCGCGAGCAGCGACGAGGCUCGAAGAGAACGCGGAGGAGGACGCCGCAGACGCCGGCAGGGACGAGGGCGUUUCGGUGAAGCGACCACUGGGACAAGACUCUCCGCGCGAAGAUAACGAGGAGGACGGCGCGGCGGGCGCGUUCGCUUCAGAAGAACAAGUCGAGUUGAUUGAAGACGAUGAUCUCUUUGGCGAGCGAGAAGAGGGCGAAGAGAUCUUCGCGGCGGAUCGCGGAGGAGCCGCGGCACCCUUCGAUGAAGACGAGAUCUACGCUCACCGCCCGGCCCCAGAGGCCGCCGACGAAGGCGAACGCGAACUCGAUGACGUUGCGUUUGAGUAG